AUGAAGCUGGUGCUCUCGACCUCAAAUAUCAUGCAGGGCGGACGCCCGUCCGUCCUCCGGCAGCCGUUGACCCAAAAAUCCAACGUCGAGCUGAUCAACUCGCUGCGGUUAAAUUUCCUCGCCUCGCAACACAUUGAAUCCCCUCCGAGUAAUGGCGCCGACUCCAACGGGACCAAUCCCACAAUCACGAACGGAUGCCCCUCGUGGACGCUUCACCGCGACGAUGCCCUCUACAUCCCCGCAAUCGACUUCACGCAAUCCGGGUUAGCAGAAGAGCGAGACCAGUACGACAUCACAGUGAAACUGUUUUAUUUACCCGGGAUCCCAGCCUCAAGACGGUGCGCGCACACGCGCGAAGCGAUAGAUCUCGUGCUGAAAGAGCUGCACGUCGAAUCAAUCGACCUGUUAAUCGUGUCGUUCCCGGGGAUCCUCUUCGAUGCCGACGACGACAGCGACGAAGAAGAAUACGCAGGGGACCGCAGCGGAGACGCAGACGAUUUCGAUAGCAUGGUUCAGACGUGGCGGGUGCUGGAGUCGCUGCACGAGCAGGGCAGCAUCGCGCAGCUGGGCGUCGCCGAGUUCGGCUGUGACCGGCUGGCCCGGUUCCUGCCGCACACCAAGGCCCAGCCGUCUGUUGACCAGAUCAAUCUCAAGGACUGUUGCGUCGUGCCUAAGUCGCUGAUUCUCUAUGCGAAGCAGGAGCAUAUCCAGCUCCUGACUCACAACGACUGCAAUGAUAUCCUCCCCGUCGGCACGACGCGCGAGCUUCUCGGGCCCGGUGAGAAGGGUGCCGGCAUCCUGGCCUCUGCGCCCGGUGCGACCGAUGGGAUCCAGGGCGAUGUCGAGCCGCAGUGGGUGGUCAAGUAUACGGCCGUGGUCAAGGAUCGCGGGGUCGUGGAGAAUAAGGGCUACUUUGCGCUGGCGGAUGUCGGCACCUGUGUCAAGGCCCGAUCAUGA